AUGCGUUUCAGCAGCGUAUGCAGUGUGCUUUCACUCUGCGCCUCUUUGGCUGCAGCAUCACCGGGAUACGGCGAGCCUAAUAUUCCCGCUCGUCCAGUGCUGACGCCCGCUCCAUACAAUUCAGGCAAGGAUUUCCCACGCUCAGCACCACGAAACAAACACAAGAAAUGUUUCGUCAAGCCUGGAAAGGGUGACGACCGCGACGAUGCAGCCAGCAUCAAGGCCGCACUCAAGAAAUGCAAUAAUGGCGGUACGGUCGUCCUCGACAAGUCCUAUCUUGUCAGCUCACCGUUGGAUCUCACGUUCCUCAAGCACAUCGACGUUGUUAUCACAGGAGAAAUUCACUUCAACGCCAAGGAUGUUUACUACUGGGCUUCGAACAGCUUCAAGUAUGACUUCCAAAACAUGAGCACGUUCUGGAAGUGGGGUGGCAAGGAUGUGAACAUCUAUGGCGACUUGACCAAUGGCAAAUCAGUCAUCGAUGGCCAUGGUCAAGCCUAUUGGGAGGAGAUUGUGACCAACAAGACUUUGCUCCGACCAAUCCUAUUCUCUAUCGAUGGUUUAAAGGGUGGCAGCAUGUCCAACCUGCGAAUGCGUAACUCUCCCAAUUGGUUCAACAUCAUCGCCAAUUCUAGCGACAUUAUCGUCAGCGACUUGGAUAUCCAAGCCAAGGUAGACUCCCGAAUUUGUCAAAGUUUAAGGAGGGAAACUAAACUCGGACAGAGCACCGACGGCGUGAAAAUUGCAAACUCAGACGGCUGGGACACCUACCGAUCGGACAACAUCGUAAUCCAGAAUUCUUUUGUCGAUAACACUGACGACUGUGUAUCGUUCAAACCAAACAGCACCAAUGUCAUCAUCCAGAACCUGAACUGCAUCGGCUCUCAUGGCAUCUCCGUCGGUUCUCUCGGCCAGUACGCCAACCUAACCGACAUCGUCGAGAACCUGUACGUCUACAACAUCACCAUGACCAACGCCAGCGACUUCGCCCGCAUCAAAGUCUGGCCUGGUGUCCAAUCCAGCUUUCAGGAGCUCCUCAACGGCGGAGGCGGUCUCGGCUACGUCCGCAACGUCACGUAUGACACCCUCCACAGCAUCAACAACGACCGCGCCAUCACUAUCACCCAGUGCUACGGCCAGAAAAACCAGACCCUUUGCCAGGAACACCCUGCCAACUUGACGAUUGAGGAUGUCACGAUCAAGAAUGUGUGGGGCACGACGAGCGUGUCCGCUGAUCCCGAGGCGGGGACUUUGAUUUGCAGUGCGCCGGACCGGUGCAGCAACAUCCAAGCCCACAACAUCACCAUCGACGUGCCCAGCGGCAGCACCACUGAGUGGGAAUGCGCGAACAUUGACGAGAGUCUAUUGGACAUCAACUGCGUCUCGACUGAUGGCGACCGUGACACCACCAACGGUUGA